AUGGGUGACUUGGACUCGCACCUCUUCUCCAUCACCCCGCCCUCCGAAAACGGCAUCAAGAACAGACGGAGCGAAACCGGCCUCAAGUUAACGCAGUCCCAGCAGCAGAGCACAGCACAGCACAAAUCACCGCGCCUCAAAGGAUCCGAUUCAGGUGCCCUCGCUAUCAAACAAACACACGGCCCGCAAAAUCUGGGUUGGCGCCUUGCGAUCCAGGUUCGGGUGUGUUGCAGAAAAGCCGCCGAGCAGAUUUCAUUGGUACCAGCGGUUACAGUCAGAGGGGAAGGGGAAAGGCAGAGGGAGAGGCUGCCGGCAUAGGCAUAGGCAUCGGCGUACUCGUACUCAUGGAUAAUAAUCAGGGUAUCAUGGGCGGAGGCGCUAUUAGUCCGACUACUGCUACUCGCCCGGGUACCAGCUCCAGCUACAAACGCAAGAGGAGCGGUCCCGAUUUUGAGAGUAGUCCUGGUAGUGCCGUGGAGGGAGAGGAGGAUGAGCAUGAGCGUCGGAGACUGCCUGGUGUGAAGAGGGCUUGUAAUGAGUGUCGACAACAGAAGGUGAGUAAUUGCGGCGCAAAAUUCAACUCAUAGUGAUCCCGCCAUACCGCCUUCGAGUUCGAAGUGCAAACGCGUUUGAGAAGCUAUGCUAAUCAAGAUUUCUAUAGCUUCGAUGCGAUGUUGUCCAAGACCCUUUCACCACCUGCUCGCGAUGCAACCGACUGAAGCUCGAGUGCAAAAUCGAAUCCAAUUUCAAGCGAGUCGGGAAGCGUAGUAAACACGCCGAGAUGGAAAAAACAAUUGAGAAUCUGCAGCGAAAGUUAGAAGAAGCUCGGGGGCAAGGAUUUGUGGUAGAUACAAACGACGAUAUACAGUCACCGAUCGCGAAUGGCGCAUAUUCCAGAAAUAAUCAGAACUUUAUGGGAUCGGAGGAGGCAGUUUCCAGCUUGCUACAUCUCAAACAAGGAGGAGCUUACACCAUACCGCGCUAUGUCAAGGAGAUUGAGAAUGUGGGAUUGACGGAAGAGGCGAUGAAUCAUCUUUUCAAUGAGUUCUGGACCUACUAUCAUCCAUACCUGCCUUUCUUGGAUCCUAUUCAAACUCCGGAGCAAUACUAUCAGUAUCACCCAUUGCUAUUUUGGGUCAUCGUAGCAAUCGCUUCUCGUCGCUACACAUUGGACCCAACAUUGCUGACAGCUCUGGCGGGUCCUCUGUCAAGACUUCUCUGGACUACAAUAGGGGAGGUACCGCAGAGCUACCACGUGGUCAAGGCAUUGUGCUUGUUAUGCUGCUGGCCCUUGCCCACAAGCACCACUUCCACUGACCCAACUCACAUCAUAUGUGGUGUCAUGAUGAAGUCUGCCACUGGCAUUGGUCUUCAUCGUCCAAACCACACCCAAGACUUUUCCCGGGUUUCUGUUGAUCUGAAUAAGGAACAACUACAUGAUAGAGUUACUACUUGGGCUGUGUGCAACAUUGUUGCGCAAAGCGUAGGUACAGGAUACGGGCAGCCUGCCUCAACUCUAUAUGAUUGGACACUUGCUGUUCGACCGGGAGAUGAUGGCCCAUUCACUUUAUCACCAGAACUUGAAGCCCGACUUCAGAUUGAGCGUUUCUGCGACAAGAUCUCGAAAGAGAUGUACAGUAAUGCGAGUGAUCCCCGUGGGGUAGCUGGUGAUGAGUUGAGAGCUAUGCUUGCAAGAGUUUAUCGAAGAGAAUAUGGCGAACUUUCUGCUUCUAUCAUGUCAAAACAAAUUCUGUCACCGAUUGUCAAUCUACACUUGAAAGCUGCUGGUUUACAUCUCCGUCUUUCGGCAUUUUUUGAUUCCAGCACAACUCAAGGAUAUAUAGAUGAUCUUAUGAGUUUGUGGAGAGCAGCACUGGCAUUCUUGGAUUUGGUAUUUGAUCUAGAAUCACAAACCAAAGGUGUGUCUGGAGGUAUGUUGCGUUAUGCCACCAACUAUAUCAUGCAAAUGAUUAUAGCUGCGUGCUUUACUCUUCUUAAAUUGUUAAGCUCCUUCUUUGCCAAAGAGAUUGAAUUUGAGAGAGGACGCCAACUUUUCCACCAUACCAUCACGGUCAUUAGAAGUAUGAGUGUCAUUAACAAUGAUCUCCCAUGGAGAUUGGCCGAACUCAUGGUACAAAUGUGGAACGGAGCGCGAGUGGAAGCUCGUAGUGCUCUGCAAAAUGGAGGGAACAGCAAUGGUGGCUCAGAUGAUCAUAGGACUGUCAUUGAUGAUAGCCUACAACUCAAGGUUCGAUGCAGAAUGAGUAUGAGUUUGAUGUUUGACUCAAUUUGGCGUUGGCGAGAAGAGUUCCAGGCUCAAGGACGAGGAAACUUGGAAGGUCAGCCGAUUUACCUUUUAUGAAAUUCAUAUUUCCAUAUCCCCCCUAUUCUUACAUCCUUUGUUGUGUAUUACAAUCUCCCGGAAAGUACUAACAUCACUCACACACAGCGGCCAUGAAGAAUCCUACCAAGCCCGACAGUGCAGCCGAAUCCUCCAACUCCUCUACUCACCACAUGGAAAACAAUCUCAUGCCACCAUCUCAUCAAAUUCAAAACCAACUCUUGGCUGUUCCAGUCAGCACUGGUGUCAUCACACCCAACAACGGACUGCCGUCGGCCGGCAUGUUGGUAGGUGUGAGCUACAGCGAGAAUAAUUACGAAGUCUUCGAUCCCUUGAAUUGGAUGCUUGAUGGUCUCGUUGAUUUCCCAUACUCGUAUGCGGCAAUUCAGGGAUUGGAAGCAAAUGGAAUGAGCUGAUUUCGAUAUUGGCUUGUAUCGGUUAUCAUCAACAAAUCCCUGACAAAAUGCCUUUCAAUGCUCUACAAUGUAUCGGCGAAGCGACGAAAGGAGAAGAAAGUUGGGUGGGUUUGUUUGUAUAUUGUUUACAGCACAUAUUACACCGAUAUUUACCUACCGGGACGCCGGGGUCCCGAUUCUGGAUUCAACCACUCACCAUGUCCCCUUCUUCCAAGGAGUCUAGUGCUCCAAAUCCAAUGGAAAUGUGAGAAGCGAUGCCAAUGCUCCAAAAGGGAGGAGGUAAGUAUUUCUUGAUAGCGAUCCACAUACACGCAACUACACCCCGCUGAAAUGGCAACACCCGGCAUCACGUUCUCAAUCUCAAAGGUCUCACGGCCGAUACGACUUCACAGUUCUCUUCUCAAUCCAAAUUUUCACAAACAAAAAGUACAAUGCGAACUCGACAUACGAUCCUCUCUUCCACAAAAGUCAAAUACAACACAUACCGCACAUACAUACUCGAUACGGCAUCAAUGAUUCGAUUGCAAUUACAAUUUGUAGUUACUGCUCUUCUCGGUCUGGCACAUACGUACAAAUGACGGAUUACCUUUACGACUUUUUUUUGCAUAUUUUCUCUGAUCCGAUACGAUACGUCUCUGUUUCUUUUAUUCUUUUUAUGAUUUUAUGGGAAGGAAUGUCAUGGAAAUGGGUACAGGGAAAUGGGAGCAUGCAUGCGCACGGAAGGAGUUUCUUGAUGGGAUUGUUGAGCAUGCGAGCAUUAAUGGGAUGGAUGAUGGGCUUUGGAAAGUUUGCGACAUAAUGAUGGAUGGAUGGGUGGCGGAAAAGUAGUUUAAUUUAUGAGCGUCUCUUUUCUUUUCCUUUUUUCUCGGCGAUCGAUUCUUACUUUUUUUUGAAUACUGCGUUCUUUUUUUCUUUUCCUUGUUUUAGUUGAUUCCCCUUGAUGCGAAGGAAGCUUUAUCUUAUUUUUAUUUCUUAUUUCUUAUCUUUUUCUUACGGCGGGCCUGUAUCUAUUUAUUCGUGGAUAGACAUUCUUACCUCUUUUUCUCUAUUCUUACUCUUUUAUUCUUACUUUUUUCAUUGUUAAAUUGUUUUUAUGUGGGGAGGGGAGGGGAGAAGAGGGGAGGAAUUAAUAGGGGUGCGAGAGGGGUUGCGAAUGGUUAUAGCUGGAGGGAAGGAAGGGAGGGAAGGAAGAAAAGUAGUAGUAGAUAGUAUACGAGGGACGGAGGAGAAAUAUAAUUAUGAUUAUGAAAUUCUUUUGUUAUUUGAAUAUGUAAUAAAUGAAUGCUAUUAAGGGCCUGUUUGGAUUUAAAAAAAGUUGCGGUUAUAUUUGCGAUUAUAUUUGCGAUUAUUUUUACGAUUAUUCUAUAUAAUCGCUAGAAAAAGUUGCCAGCUUAUUUGAGAUUUUUAGGCACUAGAUUCACUAUCUAAGCAUUGACCAUGCCUUGUCGAUUCACUUUAUUAUUAUAUUAUCAACACUAUAAACAGGGCAAAACGCGUACAUAUAGAGCCUCGUUUUGAGCCGCAUAUAGACUAUAGGCACUACACAAAUGCAUCUUGUGCUACAAAUGCUCCUUGCGCUACAAAUGCUCGCGCUACAAAUGCUCUAUAUACUACAAAUACACUUUGCGUACGACAGGAAUAACAAGUAUAUGCGAUAUAUAUAGUGAGAUUAGAAGUGUCGAGGAGUGUUAUACGUAGAGGUGUUAUACUUUGAAAGUUUAACUAUAGAAUUUAUAGUACUUUGUACGUGUUUUUGAAAAUAAUCGCUCGAAAUAGUACCAAAAAGAAGCUAUUUUUUUUUGUAUGGCGAUUAUAUCGCGAUUAUAUCACGAUUAUAUUUUGAGCAAAUAAUACGGCCUUGUGUUUAGAUUAGCGAUUAUUUUCGCGAUUAUAUGAAUAAUCGCUAAAAUAAUCGAAUCCAAACAGGCCCUAAAAUAUUAGCGUGAGUUAAAAGAGAUUUAUUAUUUACCUACGCUUUUAAGGUGAUUAGUUUUAUUUGAAUUUAGGGAUUUGUUAAGUGGAUACCUACUAUUACUUAGCUUAAUACCUCGAAUAUUCUAUCUUCUUUUACUUUAUCUAGGAAUUUAACGAGUUCCAGAAAGACUUUAAAGCUGGAUUUGGAAAGUUGGGGAGAGGACACGUGAUGCACCUGCUCUUGGCCAAUGAUAUCAAUGAUUCCGAAUACACAACCCUAAUAGUAAGUAGAUAGGUUGUUAGUUUCGUCAGCCUGCGCUUCGUAUAAUUUGUCACGAUAAUGAACAUUUGUUCCCGAUUGGCUUCAACUUCAACUUAAUCACAAACUCCAUCUCCCUAAUCAAAUCCGAUCCACGAUACCGUAUCAAUCUAUUUUGAGCAUUCCAGUAAAGUUGUAGGACUUCUGCGUUGUCAUUAAUAUUAACGCCCCCAUAUGUGGCCUCCAAUACACAUAUACCAGAUGUAGCAAAUGGUUGAAUAUCAUGCAUCGACCCUCUCACAUCCAUCAAGUUAUAAACAGUCCCAUGUGUCGAGCAUUGAAACCACUUUACUUGAUCCGGUUUCACAUCGGACGAACUGCUCCCCUCAUGCUCGAGUACAUCGCGAAAUCGAAAUCGGGGAAUCUCGAUCGUAUGCCAUCCGUCCUUUCUGGAUUGUCCCAUGUUGACUGGAUUAAGUCACCCCAAGCCAAGCUUUUUAUAUUGGCCCCAUGGUCGUCUUCCCUGCUUGAUUGGGUGAGCGAUAGCCUUGUUCCCCUCAGUCACUUGGAAGCUCCCAGCUGCCCCGCGGUUACAACCAUCAACAAAUACAUCAUCGAGCAACCAUCACCACCACAUUAUCGCCAUACGAUGCCAGCGGACGCACCCAAUCUUUUCCUGUGCGGUACCUGCAUUUGUUGAUCGCACGAUCAAAGUAAACAACCGAAGAAACUUUGCUCGGUAUUUGUUCUAGGCCCUUAUGACGCAAUCAGAUCGGGCAACCCUUCACAUCCAUUCACUUUCUCGAUUGCGCGUGUACUCCGAGGACCCUGAACCCCCUCAGCCACACUAUCAGAAGCAUACUGGUACUCACUUCAACACUGGCCGACUCGUACCGAAAUAUAUUCAUUGUUGAUCGCUUCAUGUUGGCAGAAACUCUCCAACUCUACCUCUAGGAGCUGUUCCGACUCCACGAGAUAUUUCACACAACGCCUUAACAAAUAUGCCUUUGAAUCCCAGCGGCAGCGAUGGCAGUGGCAAUGGCAAUGGCAGUGGCAGUGGGCAACAGACAGAUGCAACUUCCAUUCCCGCCCACCUUUUAGCUCAAGCGCAAGCCGCGAUCUUGGGAAAUAUUGAAAGUAGACAUGGAAGAAGAAGUUCGCGCGCAUCGCAGCACCAAUAUGGUGGCCCAUCGUAAGUCCAUGUUUACCAGAAUUAAUCGUUCGAUAGCUCAUACUCUGCCAUAGAAACCCCACCAGAAAUACACAUCUACAUGUCCCUCAAGAUUCCGCGACCGAAGCUCCUCCCGCGUAUGGCGACCGACACGAUGAAAUUCAAAUGAGCCAAGAUGGGUUGGAUACAAAAGCUAACGUCACUUCUGAUGGUCGAAUCAAUAUAAACAUCAACCAAAAGACCAAGAAACUUUCCGAUUUGUUGGUCCCGGCGUUGAGAAGCCAACUUUCUUUGGUUGAAAAUGAAGAACCAUUACCUGCGGGUUAUAUUCCGGAAGCCUUGGGAGGACUGCCUGGACAAACUCCCCCACCCAAGUUAAAUGUUGUUAUACAUGUUGUGGGCUCAAGAGGAGAUGUUCAGCCGUUUGUGGCGUUGGGAAAGACUUUGAAGGCUACAUAUGGUCAUCGAGUUCGUUUGGCAACCCAUCCUACAUUUCAAGGCUUCGUGGAAGAGAAUGGCCUGGAGUUCUUUAGUAUCGGAGGAGAUCCAUCAGAGCUUAUGGCUUUCAUGGUCAAGAACCCUGGUUUGAUGCCUGGAAUGGAUGCUCUGACCAGUGGAGAAGUUGGAAAACGACGAAAAGGAAUGGAGGAAAUUGUUCUAGGAUGUUGGAGAUCCUGUGUCGAAGCCGGUAACGGUCUUGGAGCACCAAUUCCUACGGGAAGCCAAGACUCUCUUGGACUCGACGCUGGAAUCAACAUGGACACCGAUCCUUCCGAUCGACCUUUUAUCGCAGAUGCUAUCAUUGCUAAUCCUCCAAGUUUUGCUCAUGUUCAUAUCGCAGAGAAAAUGGGUAUCCCCCUUCAUAUGAUGUUUACGUAUGUUAUGUUACUAUCUAUGCUCCAACACAUUCUGACAACCCAUUUAGAAUGCCCUGGUCGCCCACUCAAUCUUUUCCCCAUCCUUUAGCAAAUAUUCAGUCUUCCAACGCCGAUGUAAAUAUGACGAAUUUUGUCUCCUAUGCGCUAGUAGAAAUGAUGACAUGGCAAGGCCUGGGAGAUGUGAUUAACCGAUUUAGAGAGCGUGCUCUUGGACUUGAUCCUAUAAGUUUGAUUUGGGCACCGGGAAUGCUGAGUCGUCUAAAAGUGCCAUAUACUUACUGCUGGUCAGUUUGUCAGUUUUACCUGUUAUCAUCUCUGCUAAUAAAAAGUCCAGGUCUCCGGCACUUAUCCCCAAACCAAAUGAUUGGGGUCGACAUAUUUCCAUAUCUGGUUUCUACUUUCUCUCCUUAGCCUCUUCUUACACUCCAGCACCCGAACUUGCUGCAUUUCUUGCAGCUGGGCCUUCCCCAGUCUACAUUGGAUUUGGCUCUAUCGUGGUAGACGACCCAAAUGCCAUGACCACCAUGAUUUUUGAGGCUGUCAAAAAGACUGGCUGUCGAGCUUUGGUUUCAAAGGGCUGGGGAGGUCUCGGAGGUGACGAGUUGAGCGUGCCAGAAGGCGUCUUCGUGCUUGGAAACGUACCUUAUGAUUGGUUGUUUCAGCACGUAUCGGCUGUCGUUCAUCAUGGAGGUGCUGGUACAACUGCUGCCGGUAUCUCGACUGGUAAACCAACGGUUGUUGUGCCGUUCUUUGGUGAUCAACCUUUCUGGGGAGCAAUGGUGGCAAGAGCCGGUGCUGGCCCUUCGCCGAUUCCAUAUAAGCAACUUACUGCCGAUAAGCUGUCCGCGGCGCUACUAGAGGCACUUAAACCAGAGACUUCAGCAAAAGCAAAGGAGUUGGGUGCUCGUAUCAAGGAAGAAAAGGGUACUGAGGUUGGUGCGAAGAGCUUUCAUGAUCUCUUAGAUGUUGACAGUUUGAGAUGCUCUGUUGCUCCUAAUCGGGUUGCUGUAUGGAGGUUGAAAAGGACAAAGACUCGACUUAGUGCUCUGGCUGCAAAUGUGUUGGCAGCUGAAGGUCUGUUGGAUUUUGGAGAUCUAAAACUGUAAGAUCUUUCUACUCUGCUGUUGGUAUGGUCUAACAAGCUACAGUUAUCGAGCCAGAGAGUAUGAGACUGAUGAUGGCCCAUGGGAUCCAAUUACUGGAGGAGCAUCAGCCUUGAUAGGCACAAUUGCUAGUCUGUCAAUGGGUGUAGCCGAUUUUCCAAUAGAAAUCUUUAAAAAGGCCAAAACUGGAACCGAUGCAAUCAAAGCACGAACAAAUUCUAACAAGGAGAACGGCGAAAAAUCCCCAAAGGAUUCAAGAUCAUCGACAUUGGUCGACCUCGGCGGACGAAGUACUCCCUCCUCACCCCUCUCAGGAAGUGGUGCUGUGUCUCCUAGGCCACCAACCUCAUCGACUGCUUUAUCAAAGACGUCAUAUGAAAGCACUGGAUCAUCCAGUCAGCUUGGAGGUAAUGCCUCCAACAUUUCCUCGAGUACCGUCCCAACCACAGCUUCAUUUACAACGGAGCCUGGAAGUAUUUCCCAUGUUUCCACAAAUGCGACAACCAUUUCAGCUUUCUCAAGAGGAGGAGGUUCAUUGAAAGAAGUAUUAAGGGGUAAUAGAUCUCUUUCUCGCUCUCUGUCUAGAGAUCGAGGCACACAUUCAAGAUCCGAUUCCAGAGAUCCAAAGGCCCGUCUAAUUGGUGGAGAAUCCCCGCCUAGACAUUCUCGAAAGAAUUCCAAUACAUUUGAUCCAAGUAAAAUGACGAUUGAAAAUGCUGGGAAAGCUACGAAAGGUAUUAGUAGGAUCGUUUCUGCUGGACUGAAAUCGCCCAUGGAUUUUACCUUGGGUAUUGCGAGAGGAUUUCAUAACGCUCCUAAGUUGUAUGGUGAUGAUACUGUUCGACCUCAAGAGAAGGUGACGGAUUUUCAGAGUGGGUUGAAAGCUGCAGGCAAAGUAAGUUGUGACCAUAAGGACAUGGAAAUUAUGUCUAAUUAGAUUUAGGAAUUCGGGUAUGGGUUCUACGAUGGAAUUACUGGUCUUGUAACCCAACCUAUCCGAGGAGCAGAAAAGGAAGGAGUGGCGGGAUUUGUCAAAGGUAUCGGAAAAGGUAUUGGAGGUGUCAUUCUCAAGCCAGGCGCAGGUAAGUAAAUUCCAGCUUAAAUACUGAGGUCCUCGCUAACUGUAAUGACAACAGCUAUUUGGGGUCUUCCAGGAUAUGCUUUCAUGGGAGUCAACAAGGAAAUCAAAAAGUUGUUUGGUUCCAGUGUCUUGAAUUACAUCAUCGCUGCCCGAACAGCCAAAGGUUUCGAAGACGCUCAGACUUGUACACCCGAAGAACGUGCGGAGAUCAUCCAAAAAUGGAAUAAGCAUAAAGAUGAGUAUCAAAACAUGCGAAUGAAGAUCAAGGAACAAGGACCUGAAGUCACCGAACAUGGAUAUCUUUCACCAAAGGGAUACAGGGAAGCCAAACAUCUCACCCCGGAAGAAAGAAAACAACUCCAUAAACGCCUCCACGAAGAUCGGGUUGCUAAACGUCGCGAGAUCAAGAUUAAUGAGGUUAUCACCACCUCGAAAUCUCCCGUUAAUUGUCCCUUCUGUCGGAGAGGACAUGCACAUCGUCAUACUCCGAGAGAUCUACAGGAUAUGCCGGUUGUUAGUCCGGUCAUGUCGCAUGCUCAUACUCAGACAGAAAGCAAUGAUGAUUUUGAACAAGCGAUUCAUACUUCAGUUGCUGCUACAUCGCGUGGAAAUAAGGAAGAAGAUGAGAUGAUCGAACGCGCUAUUCGAGCUAGUGUCCGCGAACUCCAAAGCGGUACCUCCUCGACGCUAGACGAUGAAGCGCUCCUCGAACGCGCUAUCCAGGCGAGUAUUGUGGAGACGAAGCAAAGUCCUACCGGCGAACAGGAUUACGAACAUGAAGCAAGGUUAGAACAAGCCAUCCACGAGAGUCUGAGGUCUUUCAGACAAGGGGAUUCUCGGAGGAGCUCCGAGGGCGAGGAUCUUGUGAGUGAUGAUGACGAAGCGGUAAAAUUGGCUAUCCAGCUCAGUAAAGAGGAGAAACUUCCGCUGCCCAAGCCGGAGGAGAUCGAUGAUGCGAUUCUGCUGGCGAUUGAGAAGAGUAAGAGGGAGCAUGCGCCGCCGGCUGCUUCGCAUAAGUAUAAACCAAGUUCGGAGGAUAAGGACUUGCAGAGGAUUUUGAGUGAGAGUUUGUUGGAAGAAGAGAAAAGGAACAAUGGCGUGUUAGGAAGUGCUGGGGUGGAGAGAAGAGGUCGUACGAAUGAUUCGGUGCUGAGGAGUUUGGUUACUGAAGAGAGUGAGGGUGGGAGUGGGGACGUCCCGUUGACGCCUAUGAAUACUAAGGCUGAUGAGGAUCCGAUUGCCACGGCUGGUGCGAAGGCUGCUACGAAGGCUGCUACGGAGGUUGGGGGUGGGCGAGGGGAGGGUGAGAGUAAAGCUGAUGAGGAGGCGUUGAAGUUGGCUAUUGAGGCUAGUUUGAGGGGCUGAGAUGGUGGUUGGAUUGCUUUCUAACUUUCUUUUUCUUUUCUUUUGAGAUUCUUUGAUUGAUUAUGAUGAUUUAUGGUUUGUUGGUAUGGGAUACCCUGGCAUUUUAUAUAGAGGCUUGGUGGGAGGUGGGAAAUGGGGAAGUGGGGCAUGUACGAUAGUUGGGAAUGUGUAAUGAGAUAUGAAAUCGUUUCUUUUUUUUAUAUGUAGUGUUGCUUUAUCUCUAUCUUAUCUCUUCUUGCAUCUCGACUCUUGCCUAUUGUUAUAGAUCAUAGCAAAUUAAAU